CCUGCAAACUUAUGUGAGCGAACUGGGUAAUUAAUCAGUGCCUGGAUAUGCAGAUCCCUGACUUUGACUUUAAAGGCGGGGUGAUCCACCCGAGAACCGCUCCCGGGGGCCGGAGCCCGCAGGUGCAGUGAGGCGUGCGCGCGCCGGUGCUGGCUGGUGCCCCCGAAGACGCCUGGCCCGGGGAACGGGAGCCGGGGGCCCCCGGCGGGGUCUGGCGGCCGAGCCCCAGCAGCGGCGGCGCGUCUCCCGCGGCGGCGGAUGAUGGUGGCGGCCGGCGCGCCGGGCCGGGAGUGCGCGUCGCCGCGGAAAUCAGUGCCCGGGGCUGCACGCUGAGCCCUUGCAGGUCCGCCGCAGCCAGCGCCUGGGCCGGCUCAGACCCGGCGCGCAGGACCCGCGGACCCGCGCGCAGGGGGUGGGGGGGUGCCAGGGGGCGCGUGGGGUCGGCUUAUCAUGGCGGAUCGGACAGCUCCCAGCUGCCAGCUCCGGCUGGAGUGGGUGUACGGGUACCGGGGUCACCAGUGCCGCAACAACCUGUACUACACGGCCGGCAAGGAGGUGGUCUACUUUGUGGCCGGGGUCGGGGUGGUUUACAACACCCGCGAGCACAGCCAGAAAUUCUUCCUGGGACACAACGACGACAUCAUCAGCCUUGCCUUACACCCAGAUAAAACUCUCGUUGCAACUGGUCAAGUUGGGAAGGAGCCAUAUAUAUGCAUAUGGGAUUCCUAUAAUGUCCAGACUGUGUCUAUUCUUAAAGAUGUCCACACCCAUGGAGUUGCCUGUCUGGCUUUCAACUCAGAUGGACAGCGUUUGGCUUCUGUGGGAUUGGAUGCCAAAAACACAGUCUGCAUUUGGGACUGGAAAAAGGGAAAACUUCUGGCCUCGGCCACUGGCCACUCUGACCGGAUCUUUGAUAUUUCCUGGGAUCCAUACCAGUCAAACAGAGUGGUUAGCUGUGGAGUGAAGCAUAUAAAGUUUUGGACACUAUGUGGAAAUGCCCUAACUGCAAAGAGAGGGAUAUUUGGCAAAACGGGGGAUCUUCAGACCAUUCUUUGCCUUGCAUGUGCCAAAGAAGACAUCACCUACUCUGGUGCUUUAAAUGGUGACAUCUAUGUCUGGAAAGGGCUUAAUCUAGUCCGCACCAUUCAAGGAGCACACAGUGCUGGAAUAUUUAGUAUGUAUGCUUGUGAAGAAGGCUUUGCCACUGGUGGACGAGAUGGGUGUAUACGAUUAUGGGAUACUGAUUUCAAACCAAUAACCAAAAUUGAUCUCAGGGAGACAGAACAAGGAUAUAAAGGCCUCUCUAUCCGGAGUGUGUGCUGGAAAGCUGACCGUCUCCUAGCGGGCACCCAGGACAGUGAGAUAUUUGAAGUUAUUGUGCGAGAACGAGACAAGCCAAUGCUGAUCCUACAAGGCCACUGUGAGGGAGAACUCUGGGCUCUGGCCCUGCACCCCAAGAAGCCACUGGCUGUGACAGGCAGUGAUGACCGCUCUGUCAGGCUGUGGAGUCUGGCUGACCAUGCCUUGAUCGCCCGCUGUAACAUGGAGGAAGCAGUUCGAAGUGUUGCUUUCAGCCCAGAUGGAUCUCAGUUGGCCCUGGGCAUGAAAGAUGGCUCUUUCAUUGUUCUCCGAGUCAGAGAUAUGACAGAAGUGGUUCAUAUCAAAGAUCGAAAAGAAGUCAUUCAUGAAAUGAAAUUUUCUCCAGAUGGUUCUUAUCUUGCAGUGGGAUCCAAUGAUGGUCCAGUAGAUGUUUAUGCUGUUGCUCAGCGGUAUAAGAAAAUCGGAGAGUGCAACAAGUCUCUCAGUUUCAUUACCCACAUUGACUGGUCUUUGGAUAGUAAAUAUUUGCAAACUAAUGAUGGUGCUGGAGAACGAUUAUUUUAUAAAAUGCCAUCUGGGAAGCCCUUAACAAGUAAAGAAGAAAUCAAAAGUAUUCCCUGGGCCUCAUGGACAUGUGUGAAAGGCCCUGAAGUGAGUGGAAUUUGGCCAAAAUACACUGAUGUCAUAGACAUCAACUCAGUGGAUGCGAAUUACAACAGCUCAGUGUUGGUAUCUGGAGAUGAUUUUGGAUUGGUUAAACUGUUUAAAUUUCCUUGUCUCAAGAAAGGAGCAAAAUUUAGAAAGUAUGUGGGCCACUCGGCACAUGUCACAAAUGUUCGCUGGUCCCACGACUUCCAGUGGGUCUUAAGCACAGGUGGAGCUGACCACUCGGUUUUCCAGUGGAGAUUCAUUCCAGAAGGUGUCAGCAAUGGUCUGCUGGAGACUGCACCCCAGGACGGUGGUACUGAUUCCUACAGUGAAGAAUCUGACUCAGACUUAUCAGAUGUGCCAGAGCUUGACUCUGAUAUUGAACAAGAAACUCAAAUAAAUUAUGAUCGCCAGGUUUACAAAGAAGAUCUACCUCAGCUAAAGCAACAAAGUAAAGAGAAAAACCAUGCAGUGCCCUUCCUCAAACGAGAAAAGGCUCCUGAGGACAGCUUGAAACUCCAGUUCAUCCACGGUUAUAGAGGCUAUGACUGUAGAAACAAUCUGUUCUACACACAAACUGGAGAAGUAGUCUACCACAUUGCUGCAGUUGCUGUUGUGUACAAUAGACAGCAACACUCCCAGAGGCUGUACCUGGGACACGAUGAUGACAUUCUCAGCUUGACCAUCCAUCCAGUGAAGGACUACGUGGCUACUGGGCAGGUUGGAAGAGAUGCUUCUAUCCAUGUGUGGGACACUCAAACUCUAAAAUGUUUGUCAUUGUUGAAAGGACAACACCAGAGAGGAGUGUGUGCUCUUGAUUUCUCAGCUGAUGGGAAAUGUCUGGUGUCAGUUGGUUUAGACGAUUUUCACAGUAUUGUAUUUUGGGACUGGAAAAAGGGAGAAAAGAUAGCCACAACAAGAGGCCAUAAAGAUAAGAUAUUUGUGGUAAAGUGUAACCCACACCAUGUUGACAAAAUGGUUACAGUUGGAAUGAAGCACAUCAAAUUCUGGCAACAAGCAGGUGGGGGCUUCACAUCUAAAAGAGGAAAUUUUGGAAAUGCUGGAAAAUUGGAAACAAUGAUGUGUGUUUCUUAUGGACGAAUGGAAGAUUUAGUGUUCUCAGGAGCAGCUACUGGAGAUAUUUUUAUUUGGAAGGACAUUCUCCUGAUGAAGACAGUAAAAGCUCAUGAUGGGCCUGUGUUUGCUAUGUAUGCAUUGGAUAAGGGUUUUGUAACAGGUGGAAAGGAUGGGAUCGUGGAGCUCUGGGAUGAUAUGUUUGAAAGAUGCUUGAAGACUUAUGCCAUUAAAAGAGCAGCAUUGUCAAGUAGUUCAAAAGGUUUGCUUUUGGAAGACAAUCCUUCAAUUCGUGCCAUCACUUUAGGACAUGGACAUAUCCUGGUGGGAACAAAAAAUGGAGAGAUACUGGAAAUCGACAAAAGUGGCCCCAUGACACUGCUUGUUCAGGGACACAUGGAAGGGGAAGUGUGGGGACUGGCAGCUCACCCUCUCCUGCCCAUCUGUGCUACUGUGAGUGAUGACAAAACUCUUCGGAUCUGGGAAUUAUCCUCCCAGCACCGUAUGCUGGCAGUACGGAAACUCAAAAAAGGUGGAAGAUGCUGUGCCUUCUCCCCUGAUGGGAAAGCCUUAGCAGUUGGCUUGAAUGAUGGGAGUUUCAUGGUUGUAAAUGCUGAUACAGUUGAAGAUAUGGUCUCCUUCCAUCACAGAAAAGAAAUGAUCUCUGAUAUUAAAUUUUCAAAAGAUUCAGGAAAAUACCUUGCUGUGGCAUCCCAUGAUAACUUUGUGGAUAUUUACAAUGUACUUACAAGCAAAAGAGUCGGCAUCUGUAAAGGCGCUUCUAGUUAUAUUACACACAUUGACUGGGACACUAGAGGAAAGUUGCUGCAAGUUAAUUCGGGUGCCAAAGAACAACUCUUCUUUGAAGCUCCAAGAGGCAAACGGCAUAUAAUAAGACCUUCAGAGAUCGAGAAGAUAGAGUGGGACACAUGGACCUGUGUCCUGGGACCCACCUGUGAGGGAAUCUGGCCCGCUCAUAGUGAUGUGACAGAUGUAAAUGCUGCCUGUCUCACCAAGGACUGUUCCCUCUUAGCCACCGGAGAUGAUUUUGGCUUUGUUAAGCUCUUUUCAUACCCUGUCAAGGGCCAGCAUGCAAGAUUCAAGAAGUACGUGGGACACAGUGCACAUGUCACCAACGUCAGGUGGCUUCACAAUGACUCUGUGCUGCUCACUGUCGGGGGUGCUGACACGGCCCUCAUGAUCUGGACAAGAGAAUUUGUAGGAACCCAGGAGAGCAAGCUGGUGGACAGCGAGGAGUCGGACACAGAUGCUGAGGAGGAUGGAGGCUACGACAGUGACGUUGCUCGAGAAAAGGCCAUUGAUUACACCACCAAGAUCUAUGCUGUGAGCAUCAGGGAAAUGGAAGGCACCAAGCCACACCAGCAGCUGAAAGAAGUAUCUGUGGAAGAAAGACCGCCUGUCAGCAGAGCAGCUCCACAGCCUGAGAAACUCCAGAAGAAUAAUAUUACCAAGAAAAAGAAGCUGGUUGAGGAGCUGGCUCUUGACCACGUAUUUGGCUAUAGAGGAUUUGACUGUCGAAAUAACCUGCACUACCUGAAUGAUGGUGCCGACAUCAUCUUCCACACUGCAGCAGCUGGUGUGGUUCAGAACCUCUCCACAGGGAGCCAGAGCUUCUACCUGGAGCACACGGAUGACAUUCUCUGCCUCACGGUGAAUCAGCACCCCAAGUACAGGAACAUUGUGGCCACCAGCCAGAUAGGUGACAUUACGGAGACCCCAGGGACCACACCAUCCAUCCACAUCUGGGAUGCCAUGACCAAGCACACCCUCUCCAUGCUGAGGUGCUUCCACUCAAAGGGAGUAAAUUACAUCAACUUCAGUGCAACCGGGAAGCUCCUGGUGUCUGUUGGAGUGGACCCUGAGCACACCAUCACCGUUUGGCGUUGGCAAGAAGGUGCCAAGAUUGCCAGCCGAGGAGGUCACCUGGAGCGCAUAUUUGUGGUGGAAUUCCGUCCUGACUCAGACACACAGUUCGUGUCAGUGGGAGUCAAGCACAUGAAGUUCUGGACCCUGGCAGGCAGUGCGCUGCUUUACAAGAAAGGCGUCAUCGGGUCCAUGGAGGCUGCCAAGAUGCAGACGAUGCUCUCUGUAGCCUUUGGUGCUAACAACCUCACUUUCACGGGUGCCAUCAAUGGAGAUGUCUACGUGUGGAAGGACCACUUCCUCAUCAGGCUGGUGGCCAAGGCUCACACGGGGCCUGUCUUCACCAUGUACACAACCCUUCGGGAUGGACUUAUAGUGACGGGUGGAAAAGAGCGGCCGACCAAAGAAGGUGGUGCUGUCAAACUGUGGGACCAGGAGAUGAAGCGCUGCCGGGCCUUCCAGCUGGAAACCGGGCAGCUGGUGGAGUGUGUACGCUCUGUAUGCCGGGGCAAAGGGAAAAUUUUAGUGGGAACCAAAGAUGGAGAAAUCAUUGAAGUUGGUGAAAAAAAUGCCGCUUCCAACAUCCUGAUUGAUGGCCACAUGGAAGGGGAGAUCUGGGGCCUGGCCACCCACCCCUCUAAGGACAUCUUCAUCUCUGCCAGCAAUGAUGGCACUGCCCGGAUCUGGGACCUGGCUGACAAGAAGCUGCUGAACAAGGUAAACCUGGGCCACGCAGCAAGGUGUGCAGCCUACAGCCCUGAUGGGGAGAUGGUGGCCAUUGGCAUGAAGAAUGGGGAGUUUGUCAUCUUGAUGGUGAACAGCCUCAAAGUUUGGGGGAAAAAACGAGAUCGGAAAUCUGCCAUCCAAGAUAUCAGAAUCAGCCCAGACAGCAGAUUCUUAGCUGUUGGCUCUUCUGAACACACCGUGGAUUUCUAUGACCUCACUCAGGGCACCAGCCUGAAUCGCAUUGGGUACUGCAAAGAUAUCCCAAGCUUCGUCAUUCAGAUGGAUUUUUCUGCAGAUGGCAGAUACAUCCAGGUGUCAACAGGAGCCUACAAGCGCCAAGUGCAUGAGGUCCCCCUGGGAAAACAAGUGACUGAAGCCAUGGUCAUUGAGAAGAUCACCUGGGCCUCCUGGACAAGUAUUCUGGGAGAUGAAGUCAUUGGCAUCUGGCCUCGAAAUGCAGACAAAGCUGAUGUCAACUGUGCCUGUGUGACCCAUGCUGGCUUGAACAUUGUCACAGGAGAUGACUUCGGGCUGGUGAAGCUCUUUGACUUUCCAUGCACUGAAAAAUUUGCCAAACAUAAGCGUUACUUUGGUCACUCGGCUCACGUGACGAACAUUCGUUUCUCGCAUGAUGACAAGUAUGUGGUCAGCACUGGAGGUGAUGACUGCAGUGUGUUUGUAUGGCGAUGUCUAUAAAUGCCUGAAGCCUCCUACAUCAAUGCUACUGCUGCUACCACCCAGCAACUGCAGACUGGGAGGAGGUACCUCCUCGCCACAGGCUGCUGGGAAAAGCCCGCCACACUGUGGGCCGACUGCUCUGGUCAUCUGGAAUCUCCAAAACUGUGAUGCCAAGAAAGGAAGGUCAGUUCUAAAAGACUAAGACAGCUUGCAUCUGUCCCUAAGGCAAAUCUAUAAUUACUAAUUAUGUAAACAAUGACAAACAUCCUAAUAAUGUAGCCCACUGACAAAAUUUAAAGCCUGUUUCCCUGACCAAUAAUGUAGCUUUUGAUUUGCAAGUCAAAAUUUUUACAAGUUUUGUUAUGUUUCUAUAGUUUGGAAAUGUUCACUUUUACAAAUAAGUUGAAUAUGACCAUUUAAGUUACUGCACUUAAGUACUAGAGAAACUUAGCCUCUGUUCUUCAUGUUUAGCUUUCAAAAACCAAAUGAGCCAUGUAUAAAAAAAAAGUUGAGAAACUUAAUUUUUUAACACUUUAUUUGCAGAGUUUUAUAUCCAUUAAGUGCCUUUGAAAGUUUCCAGCUCUGUGGGCUGCUCUCACUUCCCACAAAAGAUCUCCUUUCUACCUGUGGUGCUAAAACUUAAAACUGAGGAGGGCUACAUGGACUCUUAGAUUUCCUGGUCUGUUGCCCACAUCAUGUGUUUGUGUCAAGGCUUCCUAAAUGAAAAAGUUAACUGCUUGUGAAAUGUUGGCUAAAUACGGUGAGCAAUGAAC